GCUAUAUAUACUUAACGAACCGACUAACUUACUUUCUGUCUCUCCCACCUCGUACUUUGUCUUCUUCGUCAAUUUCACAGUGGUGUUGUAGAGAGUUAUAGACGAAGAUGGAACACGGGUCAUAUGCAGACAAUAGUAAUGCAACGUUUUCUUUGACAGAUGAAGAUCAUACGCUUGCAAAUGCAGUCAGAUUCUCCUUAAAUCAAGAUCCAAGGGUUUCAUUCAGCGGGUAUAGCAUUCCUCAUCCUUCAGAUAAUCGAGUUAAUAUCAGAGUACAAACCACAGGUGCUCCAGCACGCGAGGUAUUGAAAGAUGCAUGCCAGGAUCUGAUGAUGAUGUGCCAGCAUGUGAGAAGCACUCUUGACGUGGCUGUUGCUGAUUUCAAAUUGAGAAACCCCCCAAAGAAGGAUGAGGAUACAGAUAUGAAAUAGAAUUGGACCUUGACUUUCAGUCCCUCCUUAAUGUAUUUCCAAUUUUUAUUGUAGCUUUAAGAGACAAGCUUGAAAUUAAGCUUACAUAUUUGACUCCAAUUGACGAGUUCAUUUAUUAAUUUUCAGAGAUGUUUAUUUUA